AUGUCUGAAGCUCAAUCCGAAGCGAAGCGCAGGGCGGAAGCUCGAAAGGCAAAGAUCCUGGCGAGGGGCAAUUCUGGCCUGGCGAGGCUAGCCACUACGGCUAGAGGUGAAGAAGCCAGCAAGUUGUUUGACGCUUCGUCGACCCCAUCACGUACAGCAUCUCCCGCAACAUCGGAUGCAGGUCCUCAACAACCAACUGCCAACACGGCCUCUCCUUCGAUCCAUCAACCCCACCCUCUUCACCACUCUCAAUCUCGAUUCCGACCUGAACCUGACGCUCGUCGAUCCCGCGGUCCGUCGACCCCGGCGUUUGCUGCUCGACGGGACGACGUAGAGACGCCUGAUUCGGACCUCAACUUUGGGGGCGGGUCGCCCGAUGAGCAGUAUCGGAGACAACUCGAACAGAUGAUGAGCAUGUUAGGUGGUGGAGCCGGAGCGCCAGGAAUGGGAAUGGGAGGUCCGGCAAGCAUGGGGAUGGGAGGAGAGAACCCAUUAGCGGCACUUUUGGCCCAGAUGGGAGGCGGAGGAGCGCCAGGCGCCAAUCCGCUUGGCAUCACAUCUGGCGCUUCGGACUUUGACCCAGACUCCCUUGGAGGGCUUGGUGGGAAUGGCAACGAAGACCCGAUGGCGGCCAUGUUUAAAGCCAUGUCAUCAGGUGCAGGCGGACCCGGUGGUGCCCUCCCCCCCGGUCUCUUUGGCGGCGAUCCAAACAACCCCAACCCUCUCUUCCCGUCCUCCCAAUCCCUGAAAAAACCUCUCAUCCAACGCAUAUUCCCCUUCAUCCACGUACUCGCCAUGGUAGCGCUCUGGGCAUUCAUCGUCCUCUGGUGGGAACCGAGUCUACACCCAUCUUCGACGAUCCUCGGAUCUGGAAGGCCCUGGACGUGGAGCAAUCUGGCAAAGUAUGGAUUGUUGAGCGGGAACGGCGAGGGUGGCAAGUUCAGGAAUCUGGAGAGGGAUCUGGAAAGACAGACGAGAUUUGCUACAUUGCCCGUAUUUUGGGCUUUUACCACGGUCGAAGUCCUCCUCCAGAGCACCCGUGCCAUGCUCUUCAAGGCACCCCCCUCGCUGCCCGGUAUGGUGUCCAACUUUCUCCCCCUCAUGCCUCCUCACAUCUCUUCCCUCCUCUUGACCGGUUCGCGAUACGUCAGCCUCGUCAACCAAGCAUGGAAAGACGGCUGUGUGCUAUUGUUCCUCUUGGGUCUCGGUGUACUCUCGAGCGGACUCUUUGGCAGAUCAUCCCUCGUCUCGGCAUAG